AUGAGUUUGGUUGCUAGGUUAAGAUGUCACUCAGCGUAUGCGUGGUCGGGAAAACCCUUCUUGUCUGGUGGGCAUUACUUAGUUAACUCGGUAAUGGUAACUCGAGGGUUUGCUCAGCCCGCAUUAAAGGAAGAAGAGAUGGAAGAAGUAGAAAUUGACCAGAGAAGACUCCCGGCUGACUAUGAUCCUGCAACUUUUGAUCCUACAGAACAUCGCAGUCCUCCCACUGAGAGGGUAUGGCGGCUCGUGGAGGAAGUAUCUUCUCUUAAAUUGGUUGAACUCCAAGAUCUUUCGCAAAUUUUGAUGAAGAAGAUGGAUAUGAAGGAGCCUCCAGUUAUCGGGGUGAUGAAACCUGGAGCAGCUGGUCUGGCUGCAGUAGCAAUGAAGGGACCUGCAGCAGCUGCAAAGGAGGAGCCGAAAGUUGAGAAGACUGUAUUUGAACUGAAGUUGGAGUCAUUUGAUGCUGCUUCAAAGGUUAAGGUAAUUAAGGAGGUUCGGAGUGUCACUGAUUUGGGAAUAAAAGAGGCAAAGGACCUUGUUGAGAAGACACCUGCGGUGUUCAAAAAAGGGGUUUCAAAGGAAGAAGGAGAAAAGAUAAUUGAGAAGAUGAAAGCUGUUGGGGCUAAGGUUGUUAUGGAGUGA